UUUAAACAUGGCAGUUUCCUGAGGAGUGAAAAAAUAACAUAUUUUGUCCCCUUGCUGCAAAAUGGGCAAACGAAACUACAGAAAACGCCGUGAGGUAGACGAAGGCGAAGAUAAUGCAUCAUUGGACGAGGAAAAUGGCUUAGAGAACUUGGAAGAACGUAAAGAAUUACAGAGACUUCGCAAAAGACCGAAGGGAUUGAGCGCCACUGAGCUUGCCUCGGGUCAAACUUUGCCUGACAAGGAAACACGAGACGAAGUUGACCCGUAUAAAAGCAAAACAGGCGGAAUGUUAGAUAUGGAUUUGAUCAAAGAUAGAGACAGAGAUAGGGAAGGGGAAGAGAAAGAGAGAUCUAUUUCUCUUGGCACUAGUUUUGCUGUGGAGACAAAUAGACGAGAUGAAGACACACAUAUGUUGAAGUAUAUUGAAGAUAAAAUGAAAAAGAAAAGGGGGGAAACAGAUGGUGAUGGUAUUAUUAAAGUGAAAGUCAAGUCAAGGGAAGAUGCACUUUAUGAACUGCCAGAAAAACUCAAAGUGAAAUCUCAACUUAAACAAUCUGAAGAAAUGUUAUCAAAUCAAAUGUUAUCAGGUAUUCCUGAAGUGAACCUUGGCAUCCAAGCAAAGAUACUGAACAUUGAGGCUACAGAAGAAGCAAAAAUGAAAAUGAUAGAGGAACGAAGGAACAAGAAGAAUCAAGGUCCUUCCAUAAUGGUACCAACAAAUGUUGCUGUGGAUUUUAUGCAGCAUAAUAGAUUUUAUGAUGAACGUAAGUCAAUUGAUGCUGAAAAGAAGAAACUUCAAAAACAAGUGAAAGAACAGGAGGAAAGCAAACCACAAGGCCCCACUGUCACAGCAGAAAGUCUUGGUGUGGGUAUUGAUGGUGAAGAUGGAGGAUUGAACUCAAAGAAGACUGGGAACCAGGUUGAUAAAGCAUCAGAUGAUUUCUUCUUUGAGAAAUUUAAGAAUCGGACACAAGAUUCUUGGAGAUAUCAGUAACUGCCACAUACAAGUUCUUCCAAGACGCCUGGUGAUAAAUCACGUGCAAGAAUAUGAAGUUUUAAGAAAAACAGCAAACAUACACAACUGCACGGAUGCAAUAUUGUGUACCCAAUUCGCGCAAUCGCUCUUGUAACCGUAGUAACACUUACAAAAAGCAAUCGAGCAUACAUGUGUGUGCACGAAAUGAAAAAUGAACCCCGAAAUCCCUCAACAACAAACACUUUUGGACACUCCGCUCUUGACCAAUGCUCUUGGCGAAUGAGAAACAGGAAGAACUAUUAUUUAUGCGGGUUCCGUUUCUCUUUCGGACACCUUGGCUGUAAUAUGUAGCUCCUCAAUUCUGCGUCAGAACAUCUAAUCAUAGGUGCUUAGCUUAGUUAAACAUGUCAUUCGAAAUUCUGUAUUGGAAUUACCUGUUAUAUAACUCAAAACGCCGAAUCAGAUGAAAAAGAAAGGAGUCGUUAUUAACUUGAUGUCCAAUAACUUGUACUUGUAAUAGUCAGUGACCGCAUCUGUAGAUGAUACGUGACAUGGAAGCAGCAUUGCUAAUAUGAAAUUAAAAGAAAGUGCCUGCAUCUUAUUCUUACUAAGAAAAACACGUAGGUUUGGUAAGUUUAUGCCAUCGGUAUAAUUUACACGAUUUACAAGGUCCUACUAUGUAAUUACUAAUUAAAGUAAAUUAAUAUAUCUAUAAUAGAUUGUCCACUACAGUAGAUCAUUCAUUAUGAUAACAUCAGCUUGCAAUAAAAACAGCGUCACUUCG